UGAGUGGGAGAACGGGUGAAUGAGAGAGAAAGACAGGUUGAGCGCACGCACACUUGUAGAUCAAAACUAAGAGCAUGCAGCAAACUCUUUCACUCUUCAGUUCAACACAGGGGUCAGUGGUUACUGCUCUCAGGAUUUUGUGAAUAUGAUAUUGUGAAGACUUUUUCAUCUGAGCUUAGUGCUUAAGGACAUGCUAAUAAGACUGAUUCACUGCAUCUGGGGUCUGUCCUGAAUGUGUUCAGCAAUCAACAGUGUACUUCCCCUGAGGAUCAGCUGUGAGGGACUGGCAAACCCUGGAAGACUGCAUGGGGAGGUGUCCACCAAUGUCACUGGAUUCCGGGCACAUCGUUCCCCCCAGCAUUUGGAGAUGGAUGUGGCCUGGCAGGAACUGAUGGCCAUCACAGAACUUCAGGAGUUUGAGGUACCCAAUGAGAAUCCCUUCGAAGCUAUUCCAUACCUGUCCAUGGAGCCCAUGGUUUCUCAAGGGGGGAUCGGGAUGAGUCAGCCACAGCCAGACUCCAUUCCAGCCACUAGUGGUGCCCAUUCUGCUGGUGUUUAUGAAAACGCAUACCCUGAAAUGAUGCCACCCUAUCAGCGUUUGAACCCACACAUGGACAUGCACUACAGCCUCCCUGUCCCUGGCAGCCACGGUUCCUCAAGAAUGCUUUCGAACACGCAGGCUCUUCAUCCACCUCUCAUGAGUCUUUUGGAGCACAUGAACAUGACGACACGCGGUCAUGGAAUUGUGAAAGACAGUGUUAUCAACCUUCACUGCACAGGACAAAUCAAACCGGCUUGUGGAGAUGAUCUCGAGUCAGAUUCCGGUUUGUCGCUUGGUUCAAGCCCACCGCUUGCCUCUCCUGAGAAUGCAGUGCAUGGAGUACCUUCGUACUUACCUGCAGAGGGUACAAUGGGCUACAUCGAAAGUGAAAGUAUGGGGGAGCAAUAUCACAUGCGGCCAAGUUUGCUUGGGUCUGUGGACUACCAGCAGUCUUACAGUUCAUACCCUGGAACUUCUUAUACCACAGCUGCAAACAUGCAACCCAUCAACCAGCAGACUUACCAGCCAAUUGCAUCAAUGAAACAACCAGUUUUACCCACAGCUCUGCAUGAUCUACAACUGAACAGCUCAGGUUUAACAAGACUGGGGUCAUAUCAAUCUAUGUACCCAAAGCAAAAGUCCAGCAGUGUUCCUGUACCCCUGAGCAGAGAUGAGCGGCGAGCCCACGCUCUCAAAAUCCCAUUCUCACUGCAAAAGAUAGUGAACCUACCGGUGGAUGACUUCAAUGAGCUGUUGACCCAAUUCACACUGAACGACGCUCAGCUGGCACUUGUGAGGGACAUUCGCAGACGUGGGAAGAACAAAGUGGCUGCUCAGAACUGCCGCAAACGGAAGAUGGAGAACAUAGUGCAUUUAGAAAACGAGUUGGGACAGCUUCGAGGCCAAAGAGAACAUUUAACCAGAGAGAGACUGGAGUUUCAGCAAAACCUUGCCAUUAUCAAGUGUCGGCUCUCAGAUCUUUACACCCAAGUGUUUUCACAGCUUCGUGAUGAGGAGGGACAGCCUUAUUCAGUUGAUGAGUAUUCACUACAACAAACUAAUGAUGGCAACAUUUACUUGGUGCCGCGGAAUACAGCCCUGGAGGGUGAAUGAACUGAUUUUUUUAAGUGACCCAUAGAUGGACAACUAAAUUCAUU